AGUGUGGAAUCUAUUUAGUUAAGUAUAUAAUGAUGUUUUUCCAUAAUAUUAACACUCUUUGUAUGGUUGCUGCAAAUUUACAUCAUCUCCUCAUAUCGUAUCGAACUCACAUAAUUUAAUAGGGUAAUGUUUAAUAAUGUGUUGUUGUUAGGGAUGAUAAUUGGUAGGGUAUGAGUACUAUAGUACCCGUUCUCAUAUCCGUAUUUUAAAAAAUUUCUUAUAAUCAAGUCAAUAUCCACUUAGGCACCAAUAUUUAUUCUAGUACUCCUACUCCAUAGAUAAUUAAGUAUCCAUACUCAUAUCUGUAUCCAUGAAUAAUGAAGUACCCACAUCCAUACUUGUUUACCUACAUUUCUAAUAAAAAAACUAAUCAGUUAUAAUUUAUCAUGUUAUUUGAAGUUUUUUAACAGCAUUAUAAAAAACAAAAUUAAGGAUAUAAUUGUUGAGCUUAGAAAUUAACACAAACAUUUAUAAUAAAAUGCGUAUAAAUUUAAUAAUAAUCUAUUUAAUAAAAUUGAUAAGUAUACAAGUGUAUAUAUUUAUAAAAAUAAAAAAUAUAUGAAUAUAUAUUAUGUGGGUAUAGGACAAAGUGGAUACUAAAGUAUCCGUAUCCACGCUCAUAUCCGCUUAUUUUAAUGGGUAAUUGCCUUUAUCCAUACUUGUUGUGACUAAUUUUUCCAAGUAUACCGUCCCUAGCUAUUUCAAUAUCUUUAAUGGAACAAAAGUGUUUAAUGUUUUUUUACGAGAAAAAAAGAUAUGCACUUUUACACUGUCAACCAAUCACGACCAUGUUAAGUGUCAAGUCAUACUGUUAUUUUUAAAAAAGUUAUGAGACAUGGCUGAUUGAUGAAUCCUAAUUGGAUGACAGUGUAAAAUUAUUUUACACUGCCAGUGCACUACCUUUAACCUCUUUUUUUACAUGUAACAAUAUUGAACUUCAUGAAUAUUAUCACACAAAUCCUAUAAUAGAUAAAUUUAAAUUUGUAUCAAAAUAUUCAUUAGGAUGUUGAAUUUUGGGCUGAAAAUAUUCAAAAUACAAUCUUUUCAUGAGCAGGCUGAGAUUUAAAUUGUCGGGUGAUUCGGAAAAAAUAUCUUUAUGGCUGAAUCAUUGAAGAUGAUUAGUAGUGAAAAGGAAACUGAACUUGAAAAUGAACCCACUGAAGUCACUGAUGUCAUUGAAAAAUGUUGCAAAUUUGAUAAUCAAAUUAAUUUGAUUAGCAAUGCAUAUCACUUGGUUCAUGGAGGUCCAAAUAAUUUGUUAGAUGAAUCUUCUAAUCUAACUGAAAUUGAGACCCCUAUGCAAAAUAGUCUGUUACACAUUGCAGCUUUGAAUGGUAAUGAUGACAUUGUUCCUCUUAUAAUUGAACGUGCUCCAAAACUUUUGUUUAAAUUUAACAAAAACCAGGACAGUGUAUUACAUGUUGCUGCAAGAAGUGGACGCAUCUCAACCAUUAAAAAGCUCUUUGAAGGUUAUACUAAUUUUGAACGGCAUGAUAUAAAAAUAGCUUGGUUUAAUUACAAUAAAAAUGCUGAUUUGGAAGUUGCGUAUGAUGACAAGUCAAAUAUGGAGGAUCUAUUAACUUUUGUUCAAUUGAAGAAUGAUCAAGGCAACACUAUGUUUCAUGAGGCAAUGUUAUGUGACAAGAGAAAUAUUGCUGGGGAUACGAUUUUCCAAGUUUGUGAGCUUUUCAAAACAGAAGAUUCGUCCAAGAAGUCAUUGUCAAAUAGUUGUUAUGAUUAUGCACUAAAUACUGUUAAUCAUGAAAAGAAAACAGUACUUUAUCUUGCAGUCGAAAAUGGAAAGAAGGAUGUUGUUGAAGUAAUAUUAGAGAAGUGUCACAAGAAUGAUGAUAAGCCAGAGGGAUUAUCGCCUUUUAUUGCAGCAAUAAUGUUUCAUAACGAAGAAAUAUUGAGGAUCAUAAUAAAAAACAAGCCAACUUGGAUCCAUUCAAUGGAUAAACAUGACAGGUUUCCUCUUCAUUAUGCUGCAUCUAUAGGUUACCUUGAAGGUGUUGAUUUAUUACUUGAAUUGUGUAAAUGUUGCACAAUUAAAAGGGACAAAUAUGGUUAUUUCCCAGUCCAUCUAGCAUCUUAUGGAGGCCAUGUGGAAGUAGUGAAGAAGUUGUUACAAUAUUGUCCAGAUCCAACAGAGAUGCUUGACACUUCCCAUGAGCGUAAUAUUCUUCACAUUGCAGCAAAGCAUGAAAAAUAUGAGUUAGUAUGCUACAUAUUACAAAGUGAAAUUCCUGAACUUCAUAAGCUAAUAAAUCAACAAGAUAAAAAUGGAGAUACUGCUUUGCAUUUGGCCGCAAGAUCAUUGCAUCCCACAAUUGUAUACUACUUAGUUAACCAAAAUAACAAAAAGGUGGAUCUUGAUUUGGUUAACAAUAAUAAGGAAACAGCUUUUGACAUUGUUACUUCACUUUACCUGGUUGAUAGAUCGUCUUUGCGACAGCAUCUUACAUGGACUGCACUCAAAUCUGUGGGUGCAAAGCAAAGUUCAAAGAAAGCUACACUCCCUAUUGAAUCUAAACCAAGAAACACUGAUGAAGGUAAAGAAAAAGAAAAAUCUACAGAAAUAUACAAGGACAGAUUAGAAAACCUCACAAUUGUUUCAACCCUUAUAGUCACAACAUCAGUAGCCGCAUGUUUAGCCGUUCCAGGUGAAGCAGAAGGUGAAGCGCAUAACUUAAAACAUGCAAUGUUUCAAGUCUUUGUCAUCUUCAUCACAAUAUCUUUGUUCAGUUCCAUUAGUGCUACAGUCAUGCUCUUUUGGGCAACACUUGGAUUAAAUGAAUUGGUUACUUUCACUCUCAGGAUUGUGAUGCCACUUCUUGGAAUCGCUCUCGUUUCAUUAUCUUUGGCUUUUAUGGCUGGUCUAUACACUGUCAUCAGUAAACUUUGUUGGUUGGCCAAUGUGUUUUUGAUCAUGACAGUGAUAUUUAUUAUCAUUGUCGUUUUUCUAUACACACUCCUUUUCCUUCCAUCAUCAUCAACUAUACAGCCUUUGAGAUACAUUUCACACUACCCUUUUGUUUUUUUAGUAUCACGUACUAAGAGUAAAAGUGAUCAAGACAUUAAUCCUUGGGGGUAGUAUAGGUUAAUAUUAGUGUGAAUUGUGGCUAAGUAGGGUUUCACCAUGCCGCCUUUUUUUAAUAAUGCCCACUUAGUUAUAUGCAUGUAUCCUUUGUAAUAUAUAUUGGCAAAUAUGUAUGUUUCUCUUGUGUUGACCAAUA